GGCGGGGCUCUCCUCUCUCUCUGGCUCUCCCCCCCCGAUGGGCGGGGCCCUCCUCCCUCCUCUGGGUCUCAGUCUGAUGCUCGUGGCUGCAGUGGACUGAACAACAUGGAGGUCAAUGAAGCUCUCUGUCAGCAGGAUCGACUGCAACUCCUCUCAGAGAAGAGGAAAUGGCAGACUGAGAUUGAGAACAAGAAACGUCAGCUGGAGGACGACAGGAGAGCACUGCAGCACCUGAAGUCGAAGGCACUGAGGGAGCGCUGGCUGCUGGACGGAGCUCCGACCGCUGGACCAGAACAGGACGAAGUGAAGAGACAGCUGGAGCAGGAUGAGGCCAAAACCAGGACCCUGGAGGAGACCAUCAACAGGUUGGAGCAGGAGCUGGUCAGUCUGGAAACUGGAGGUGUGUGUGAGACUGUGUCAUCUGGAGCAGUUGAAGCUGUACAGGUCAAAGGUCACAACAGCCAUCAGCAGGAAAGACCUGCAGCUUCACCUCAGAUAGUUCACGCUGCUGCAGAGGUCAAAGGUCAUAAAACUCCUGGAAUAAACAAAGCGAGAGAGGCGACGGACGAGAUGAAGAGAGCGAUGUACUCUGUGGAGAUUAAAGUAGAGCGGGACAGAGUGACGGGGGAGACACGGGUUCUUUCCACUAACACCAGACUUCCUGUUGACCUCUCUCACCAAGGGGUCAAAGUGUACGAGGACGAGCAGAAAGUUGUCCAUGAGAUGAACGGUGAAGAUGGCGUCCAGCUGCUCAGCCUCGACGAGGUCGAGGAGCUCAUCCACAAAGCUGAUGAGGCCUCGAUGAUGUCACAGACUGUCGCCAUGGUGACCUCUCUUCCGACAGCAGAGGUCCAGGAGGAGGAGGCUGGUCCCAAACAGCCUCUGGUCGCUGCAGGGAUUACAGGACUGGAGGCCAAGAUGAGCGGUGAGGUGGACAUGGAGGAGGCGAGUGCAGAGAAGCCCGUCACCAUGGUGUUCAUGGGAUACCAGAGUGUGGAGGAUGAGGACGAGACGAGGAAGGUGCUCGGGCUGCAGGGGACGGUGAAGGCCGAGCUGGUGCUCAUCGACGAUGGGAAAACUUCACCUGGCGAAGCGAAGGAGGAGCCAGUAGCUCCGCCUCCACCUGUCUCAAUUGUCCCGCCCCCCUCCACCAAACCUGCGGAGGCAACGGUGGCGGCGAGUAAUGGGGAGACAGCGGUUGAGGCAGAGGAGGUGAAGGGAGGAGCGGUGGAGAUGAAGAAGGAGAAGUAUCCGUAACUGAACUGAUCUGCUGACGGAUGGUCGCCACGGUGACGACCCAACAAAGGUGGCCCACAGAAGAAAUGGACAAGCUGGUCCUGGUUUAUUUCAAAGAAGAGACAUCUUGUCCUCUGAUGAGCAGGAAUGUGAUCAUUGACUGUGGACAUCCCAAGGUGAAAAUAUCAGAAACCAAAAAACAUCUCAGCUUCAGUUUAAUGAGCCCAGUCACAUGUUCAUGUUGUCUCAUCAGGACACCCUGUGACACCUGAAGUCUCCAUGGAGAUGGACUGGACCUGUAACGGUUGUGUUCAUGGUCUCUCAGCAGGAUGACUUCAGCUGCAGCCAGGAGUCAGCAUGCUCACACGUCUGGAUGAUGUCAGAAGACUAGGUGUGCAAGGAUGGUGGUGGGACGAUGGUGGGACAAUGGUGGGACAGGUGGUUGGACAGUGGUGGGGUAGAUGGUGGGACAGGUGGUUGGACAGUGUUGGGACGAUGAUGGGGCAGGUGGUGGGACGAUGGUGGGACAAUGGUGGUGCAGGUGGUGGGACGAUGAUGGAGCAGGUGGUGGUGCAGGUGGUGGGACGAUGAUGGGGCAGAUGGUGGGACGAUGGUGGGACAGGUGGUGGGACGAUGGUGGUGCAGAUGGUCCACAAACACAACAGAUCAAGGCUGUUUGUGUUCUAAUGACAGGACUGUUGUAAAUCAUUUUUUGUGCUCAUUAGAUGUGACCAGCUCAUGUUUGUUAUUAUUUGGUUGUGUUAAGCGUUAAAGUUAACUGAGGUAACCAUGGUUACCAGAUCCUGUCUCUCAGUUUGUCCUGAACUAACAACCUCAUCUGAACUCUUCUCCUGCAGAACAUGAACACUCACUGCAUCAAUAAAUGUGGACAAGAAAAGUA